CGACGAUGACGUUCAUUCUUGCUGCAGUGCUCAAUUCAAUACACCUUGACCUCAAUGGCAAUUUCCCAUCUACUCGCACAACCCAUGACAAGCAGGACAGGAGCUAUGCUUACAAUGUCUCUUACUCGCCCUGUACGGCUCCCUCUCGCCUUCUCCAUCGCGAGGAACACCCGUUCAUUCUAUGCAACGCCCAAAAGAUGUAUCUCCCAUUUCGAUACAUACUUAUUCGUGGAGAAGCUCGAAAAGAACGGCAUGACUAGAGAGCAGGCGGAGGGUGUCAUGAGUGUCUUGGCGGAAGUCAUCGAGGAAAGUAUAAAGGGUAUGGAAGCCAGUCUCGUCAGCAAGGCAGAGCAAGAAAAGCAAAGAUACACUGAAAAAGUUGAUUUUGCGCGCCUGAAAUCUGAACUUCAGCUACACGAAAAGAAUGAUCUUACCCUCAUGAAGGCCGAAAACGAUCGACUCAUGGCAGAUGUGGAAAAACUCAAGCAACGGCUCCGAGAAGAGGUUACUCGUACUCAAGCUGGUGUUCGCUUAGAUCUGAACCUGGAAAAAGGGCGCAUACGUGAUGAAAGCAGCCAGCAAGAACUCAAGAUCAAGGAGGUGGACACUCGGAUUGAAAGUGAAAUCGCAGGUUUGAGAACACAGAUCGAGCAGGCCAAGUUCAGUAUUCUACAAUACUUGGUUGGUGUAGCGACUGGUUCAGGGGCGUUGUUGCUUGCUUAUAUGAGGAUGAUGCGAUAGAUCUGAAGUGUGUAGAGGUCUUAUCAUGUUGCACCCCCUUCUUCUGUACCAUACAUACAUAUGCAUCCUUCCAACCUCCAACCCCGGUCUCCACCCUCCGCUCUCGGCAAUUUCACCCGGCAUCUCGGUGCUCCCUGGAGCCUUCAAGAUGUUUUGGAUACAUGCAUCCCGCCUCCUUAUUGACGGAAUUUGCGACGCUUGGGCGAUUCACUGGUAGACGUAGACGCGAUUAUGUCCGAAUGAUUAUCCAGAGGACGUACGGGCUUCUCUUUCCUCCUUCCUUUCUGUAGCUGCUGAUAAAAGCGUGAUGAAGAUGAAAGGAGCAAGUAGUUGGGUGGCUGGUAUUGUGAAAUCGUUACUCUUGUAAGAAGGAUUGCCUAGCCAGUGGCGAUCGAUUACCCUGAUCUCCCUCCACU